CAGCGUGGAUGAUGAAUCAAACCUUUCAGAGUUAAUUGGCUGCUUACUAACAAAUGAAUCUCUUGACAUCCUUACUGCGAAUGAAUAUAUUCAUGCUGAGGACGACGAAAUUAAAAGCGGGCUUACUGAAGAGGAAAUCUUAGAGAUGGCAGAAAAUUGUGUAAAUAAAACGUUAAAGUUCUUAUAUGAACAGGGACCAGAGUUUGGCGAAGUUGAAGAAGAAGUUAGAAUUUUAAGAAAGCUUCACAAGCGG